AUGUCAACAUCAGCAAAACCAUUCGACGAUAAAUUUGGUAGUGUUUCAAAAAACUAUAAAAAUUUUAGACCAACCUAUUCCGACGAACUUUUUUCAAUCAUUGAUGACUUCUGUGCCAAAGAUAAAAGAGAUUUAGCAAUUGAUAUUGGAUGUGGAUCUGGUCAAGCCACCGUUAGAUUAUCAGAAUAUUUUAAAAAAGUAAUUGGUUACGAACCAUCAGAAGGUCAAAUUCAACACGCCGAACCAGCCAAAAAUGUAGAAUACAAAGUCUCUACCGCUGAAAAAAUCGACUUACCAAAUGAAUCUGUUGAUUUAAUUACAGUAGCACAAGCAGCUCAUUGGUUUAACCUCCCAGUAUUCUAUGAUGAAACAAAGAGAUUACUCAAAAACGAUGGUUCAUUAAUUAUUUGGUCAUAUGGUUUAAUGAAUAUCACCAAUAACGAUGCAGCUCAAAAAAUUCAUCAAAACCACUACUACAAAACCAUCGGUAAUCAAUAUUGGGCUCCAGAAAGAAAAUACAUUGAUGACGAAUAUAGAGACAUCAAGCCAACUUAUGAAAACACCACAAGAAAAACUAUCUCAUUACCAAAAAAAAUGUCAAUUAAUGACUUUGUAGGAUACUAUUCAUCAUGGUCAGGUUAUGCAAAUUAUUUAAAAAAAGGUAACCCAGAUGUUUUACCUUCAAUUAAACAAACUUUAUUGGAUGCAUAUAACACAACUGAUGAAGAUUCAAAAAUUAUCGAUUGUUAUUUCCCAGUUUAUAUGAUUUUAUCAAAGAAAAAUUAA